AUGCCCAUCUUGUCAAGGAACUAUGCGUCCAGCAAAUGGUGCCUCGUCGAGCUCACUAAGAUGGUUACAAUGGCAUCAAAGUCGGACAGCACGAAAGAGAUUCUCCCCAUUUAUCUUCACGUGAAUUCGGAUGACAUCAAGCUCAAGACUCCGCUGUAUCACGACGCGUUCGUACAGCACGAGAGGAACUUUGGAGCAGACCAAGUGAAGGUGUGGCGUGACGCCCUCAUGGAGGUUGAGGAAAUAAAGCGAUGGAGCUUGAAAACUUAUAUAGGCUAUGGCAAACUCAUUAAAGAGAUCGUCCAGGAGGUCCUGAUUAAGCUGAACGCCAGAUAUAAGAAUGUGACCGAACAUUUAGUCGAAGAUCAUGUUCAGAUUGAUGCGAUAAUGAAGCUGUUGGAGGUUGACUACAGUGGCGUGCGUUUUGUGGGAGUCCAUGGAAUAGGUGGUAUUGGUAAGACAACACUUGCAAAAGUCAUUUACAACAAAUUAUAUUCUCGUUUUGACCGCUACAGUUUCCUCGAAAAUGUCCAAGAGAUCUCCAGAAGAUCGGACGGUAUCAUCUACUUGCAGAAGCAACUGCUGUCAAGCAUCCUCCAUUCGACGUGCAGCAACAGUAUUUUUGUUCGUGACAAUGACCAAGGGAUUGGCAUGAUAAAGAAGGCACUUUGUGACAAGAAAAUCCUCAUUGUGCUCGAUGAUGUGGAAAAAAAGGAGCAGCUCAAAAAGCUAGUUGGGAAGAGCGAUUGGUUUGAAAACGGAAGCAGGGUCAUUAUAACAACUAGGAACAUGAGCGUCCUGACCGACCGGACUGAAAGAUUAGAGGUCGACGCUGUCCCAAAUCGACAUGAAGGAAUCUUGACAUAUGAAGUCAAGGAAAUGAGAUUCAGUCAAGCGCUUCAGCUAUUCUGCCGACAUUCCUUUAGAAGAGACUUUCCUACAGAAGAUUACAAUAUCCUAUCAAGACAGAUCAUCUUGAUUUUAGGAAGCUGCCUUUGGCUAUCGAGAGUCCUCCUUCUUAGGUCCUUGAUAAAUAUUGGAGAUGAUAAUAAGUUUUCAAUGCAUGACCAAGUUAGGGAUCUUGGAAGGCACAUUGUCUACGAAGAGAAUUGCAGAUUUCCUGGCAAGCGUAGCGGGGCAAGUGAAGAAAUAGAAGCACCGAGUCGAGCUAUAAUGGUCAAAGUGAUGGUGGUGGCUAUACCUUCACUGAUGAAGAAUUACAGAGACUACGGAGUCUAA